CCACCACUGGCUUUCUCCCCCCGCGCAAGAACGCGGCGAUCCAACUUCAUCUGCUCGCAGCACACUGAGGAGCGUCACGAGACUUACGCACGGCCCUUCCGCUGUGCUUCGCCAUGUCUCCGCCCCAGGUCGGUGGCUGUGCAUGGAAUCACAAAGCGAGAAAAACGAGAUCCGCCCCGCCAGGCAGCUUUUACGAUGGCCGAACUUGGCACGACAGGCCAAUUAGAUCGCACGAUGGCCAUCGAGGUUACCCGUUCAGGACCGCUUCUGGUGGUGUGGACGGCUUUUACCGCAACUGCCAUGUCUGCAUGAAGCCCUUCGUUGUUAAUACUUAAGAGGAUUGAUAUCCGGACUUUGUUUAGCGCUUCAGAUUUCGUUCGACCACUUGGCUCUUCUUUGAUACCCCGUUUCUAUCGCCUUAGUCAACUUCAAGUUGUCACAUCUUUAUUUCACAAUACCAUCGAUCAACUCCUCGGUUCAAAAUGUCCACCGCGGUCGCGCUCCAGGACAUGAGCCCACACGCUCAGCGCCAUGACAGCGUUAUCCGACAUCGAUCAAUUUCAAAACCCGACGUCAAGCCCAGCAUGGUCACAGAGGAACAAGACGAUUGGGUGAACACACCGCACGACAUCGAUUCCUCAACAUUGCCGCUCGAGUCCCGCUCGUUCGUUCCCACCAGCACAUAUUGGAUUUCACCCCACUUCCUGCUAUCGAAGAAUAUCACGAUCCUCGACCUGACGCAGGACAUGACUGUGCCAUACGCCGGUCUCACCAAUGCGUACAAAGAAGAAGUGCAGAAGACACUGAAAGAUCACUCCUUCACCCCAGCCUUCACAUGCCACCGGAAUAACUGGCUCGGCCUAAAAUACAACAUCACAAACGAUCAAGGGGAAACAGUCGCAGAAUGGAAGCACCCGUGGUCUUCAGUCGGGGAAGCAGUCCUUACCUUCCCCGAAGACUCGCCGCACUCUUCACAUCCCAUUAGUCUGCGCAACAAAACCUGGGGACUCCGUACGGAAGGCUUUACGUUGAAUUCACAGCCCUACUUCUGGGAGAUGGACAGCGUUUGGCAUAGCACGAACAUGACCCUGUAUAAGGUGUUUGGAUCUGGAGAAUAUGAGAGGAAGGUGGAGGUGGGCAAAUAUGCGCAGAAGUGGUGGGGAGGUAUCGUGACUGGAGGGACUGUCGUUGUGGAUGAGAAGGAGUUGGAUGGAUUCAUUGCUUGUUUGACGCUGUGCGUGGUAGUCUACAGCCGCCAAAUGACUGAGCACGUAGUCGAGCAAAUAGACAACUUCUACUGGGCGUCCGGCGCGCGAGAAGUCGACUCCGAAGCGGCAGACAACAUCACAGACGUGACAGACGACGGCAACGCGCUGUACCAGGGCGACGACCUCACACAGGACGACAUCAUCUCUAAGCUUCCAACACGAUGGGACACAUCCGCCGACCGAUCUCACUCCACCUCCCACGACGACGAAGUCACUCAAGACGACUACCUCACCGCCCUGACGCGUCUACAAUCUCUCUCCGCACGCCGCCUCACCCUCCAGCAGAAGCUCAACACGUCUCAAACACUCCUCUCCCUCCUCGAACUGUACCGCAAGCCGAUAGAAAAUAUACAGCCCAAUUUGGUGUGGAGAGAUUCGCCGCUUACGCCUGAGCUGAUGAAGCUGAGGACGCUGGCAAUACGGGUUGCUGGAAGGGUCGGUGAGCAAAUCAGGGACGUGCAGGUACUGGCUACGGCCGAAGAGGAGGAUGAGGACGUUGUCAUGGGUGGAGAUGAGGAGAAGUUGAAGGUGGAUAACGUGCUUGCGAGCUGGUAG